GCAUUUGAAUAUUACGUUGGUGUGUUUGUAGCAAGCACAUCAACAUCUUCAAAAUUUUAUAAUUUUUUCUUUUGAAGGGAACGGUUCCAGAAGAGCAUUAUCGAGUUUAGAUUGAUUUAUCACAAAGCGGUGUUUACGUUGUAUUCUUUGAUCCAUUUUUAAGGUUAGCAACCAUUGUUUACUUUCUCGCAAUUUACUCACACACUCUGCAGGUAACAGCGUUCUUCACAAAGCUGUUUUACCAACGUACAAAGCCGUCUGUAAGAGUCCAGCUAUAUUUUGCCGUUUCGCGUUUUCUCGACGAGUUCAACCGUAGAAGCCGUGAAAAAGUCCGUCAGAAGUUUUCCCUUGCUGCAGAUAAGUAUCUUUGACAAAGAAAUCUAUACUAUAGCCUUUGAAAGGCGUAGUAUAAGGAAUCACCUGCAUUAGAAUUGUAUUGGAACUGGAUCAACUCAAGGUUAUGGUGAAUACUUAAGCCUUGUGGAGAUGAAAUUUCAUGUAUGGUUCAUGACAGCAUUCCUCCAUUUGGUUUUUUCAUUAGAUCGUUGCCGGAUCCUUAAGUUCAGUAACAUUUAUUCUGACAGUGUCUUCAACAAAAACAUCACCAAUAACUUAACUGUAGACAGAGACGAUCAGUGUCAAAUUCAUUGUUAUUUACGGUCUGACUGCAAAUCCUACAACCUCGGUCCACUGUUUGAACAUGGCAAACGAGUGUGCCAGCUGAGCAGCUCUCUCCACAUAUUUCAUGCGAAUCAUCUUGUGUUCCGCCCAGGUUUUACCUAUCAUCCUUCAACGGAUUUUUGCGAACCUCAGUGCCCGGAAGAAAAGAUUUGUUUCGUUGAUGAAGCAGGUCACUCCUGUUUUUGUUCGAAUCCUGGAUUCCAAGGGGAAAGAUGCGAUGAAGACGUAGAUGAAUGCUCACAGGGACAACACAACUGUCAUGUGAGUGCCACAUGUCAAAACACCAUUGGUAGUUUCACCUGCAUUUGUCCUCCAGACAAGGUGUCAGAUGGGACAACGUGCCACGGCUUUCCUUUUCAUUGGACAUUCAAUGGUCCGGACCAAUUGCUCACUUUGAAAGGAGCAGCGAGAUUUACAGAGCAAGAUGGUCGAACUGUGCUGUUCCUUGACGGCACAGCGGGCACAUUUGCUGAGACACCAGCGUUACCUUUCCGGCAGACUGACUUCACUAUUGCCGCCUGGAUCAAACGACCUCCGUCUCCAUCCAGUCGCCAAAUGAUUUACGGUGAUUGGUCAAGCCCUCAUCAGUUCCGGUUUGACAUAAUGACGGAUAACCGAUUAUGUGUUGAUGUGAGGCGUGAUUCUUCUGUUGAACCAGGUCUUGUCAACUUCUGCACCCCUUUUAGUAAAACUGUCCCUGCAGAUGUAUGGAGUCACAUUGCAUUCACGUGGAGUCGCGUUCAGCGCACUGGUAGCCUCUACAUCAACGGAGUGUCUUUGAGGAACAAGACUGCCAAUAUCUCCGUUGAAACAAGUUUGGAUCUUAAGAAUUCCGGGCAUACAGUUUACGACGUUGGCUUGAAGAGAGACAGUGGAAAUACCAUUGUCGCGUUCCUCAGCGACCUCAUGGUGUUUAACCGCGUUCUCUCGAUUAAUGAAAUUGUGAAUGAACUGUUCAGUAGUCAUCCACUCCACAGUUUUACCUACUCGAUUUAAAAAAUGAAGACACCUAAGAAAAAUGGGACCCAGUGGCUUGAUGGAAAAUAUUCGCACAGUCAUGUAAUCAGUGCUUUAAUUUCCCAAUUUUCAUGAAAAAAAAAACCUUCGUUUAUAAUAAUUACUUUCUUUUAGGAAAGCGUGGAUGGUUUCAAUAAUUCAAACUCGUUCCCAGGGUCUCUCAUCUUUCCACCCUCUCUCUCGCUCCAGGAGGCGGGAAGAUGAGAGACCCUGGGAACUAGGUUGUCAAUUAUUUACCACGGGCAAUUAUCAUCAGUACCUGUGUGCCCCUAAAGCCGUUCAGUGGGUGUCAUUGUUCAUUGCUAAUACUUUUUAGGUGUCGACGUUUUUUGCGAUCGAGUGUAUACAAGUAAUUUUACAAUAUAACAUGCGUGGUUUGCUUUAAUGCCAAGAGAUAAACAGUUGAUAUUCUUUUGUUUAACGCGUAUUAAGAUAAUUUAGAUCGAUCGAUCAAAAUCUCUUUACCUAUGGCAUGAAAGGGCAUACCAAACCGGUGUUAAAUCUGUAAGUGCAAUUUCGAAACGAAUUUUCUACCACUACAUGAAUUUCGGCAGAUAAUGUAUGAAAUUAAAUCACUGUUUCUCAACCGCAUGUGAUUCUCCAUGUCGGUGAUGCAGUCAGUGAUAACUGAGUAUCGUUAUCCUAUUUGGGUCUUAUAGCUCAUAAUAUCACGGCUAAAUUGACCAAUCAGAUUACAACGCUUCAACUGACUGUGAUGAUGACUUCCGCUCCUGUUGUCAAUGACUUCUUCCGACAACAUUCCUUCUCAAGACCAUCCUCAACCGGAGGAUCAGACUACACGAUCCCGGAUGUUCCACCAGGUUCAAACCAUUUUAUUGGUUGACUUGGUAUCGUUACUAAAAUAAUUUUGGAAACUGCAUAGCUGGUUUACACAUAGAUUGUAGAUGAACGAUUAGAGUUUUGUUGCUAUCAGCUAUGAUUUAUCAAAUAUCUUGACUACUUGUUUUCAGUAUUAGAAGUAAAUUUCAGUAUUGACUAAACGAACAGCGACGCAAAGUUCCAUUUCGCCAUUGGUUGUGGGCGCUGUUCUUACUUCUUCCUUCGUCUCUUCCAUUAUCUUUAAAGUGAAGAUAAGUUGCAGAAAGGAAACGUAUGAAGAGAGAAGUUCGAUAGCAAACUGACAAUCUAGUCCUCAGUUGUUCGGUCACGGUAAAACAGAGCAUUAGACGACGCGUACGUAGUCUGGGGGCCUGAGGUUUGACUCCUCUCAAGGGGGACAAAUGUUUUUUUUUCCUUCAAUUUCUUACGAAAAUGUAAAAAAUUUUUAUUUACUUUGGCGACAGAGCUUACAACUUGCCAAAUGUUUUAAUCGGCUGAUUAAUAAAAGGGAAAUUUUUCAGGGAAAUCGUUCAUCAAUCUUCUUGGUCAAGUACAGCAGUGUGUAUAGUGCUGAAAUCUUUUGAGGAAGUGUA